AUGGAGGUGGAAACACCGGCGCAGGCGCAGCCAUGCAAGAAUGUCGACCAGAGCGCCGGCACUACAAGGACGACACUCCGCAACCCGCUCCUCGUCGUCAACUUCGUCCUCAUGGUCGUCGGCUCAGCGGGCGGCCCGCUUUUCCUCCGCGCAUACUUCAUCCACGGCGGCGCCCGCAAGUGGCUCUCGGCCUUCCUCCAGACCGCCGGCUUCCCGCUCCUGCUCGUGCCGCUCUGCGUCUCCUUCUCCCGGCGCCGCCGCCGGCGCGACCGCGACGACGCCGACGCCUACGACGCCCCGGCGAAUAAGGCGGCCGCCCGCACGCCGUUCUUCCUCAUGACGCCCCGCCUCCUGGCGGCGUCCGCGGCCAUCGGCCUCAUGACCGGCCUCGACGACCUCCUGUACGCCUACGGCCUGGCGUACCUGCCGGUCUCCACGUCCUCCAUCCUCAUCUCCACGCAGCUGGCCUUCACGGCCGCCUUCGCGCUGCUGCUGGUGCGGCAGCGGUUCACGGCGUUCUCGGUGAACGCCGUGGCGCUGCUCAGCGCCGGCGCCGCCAUGCUCGGGAUGAACGCCGGCGGUGACCGCCCCGCGGGCGUGUCCCCGGCGCAGUACGGCGCCGGGUUCGCCAUGACGCUGGGCGCCGCCGCGCUCUACGGCCUCGUGCUCCCCGUCAUGGAGCUCAGCCAGGCGCGGCACGCCGCCCGCGCAGGCGCCGCCGCCGUCACCUACACGCUCGUCAUCGAGAUGCAGCUCGUCAUCGGGCUCACCGCCACCAUCUUCAGUGCCGUCGGCAUGCUUGCCAGCAAUGAUUUGCACGCAAUCCCGGGAGAGGCGCGGGAGUUCGAUCUGGGCCGGUCAGCAGGCUACUACCUACUGCUGGCCGGGUCAACCGCCACGUACCAGUGCUUCUUCCUCGGCACCAUCGGCGCCGUCUUCUUCGGCUCGGCGCUGCUUGCCGGAGUGGUCAUGACGGUGCUCAUCCCGGUCACCGAGGUGCUCGCCGUCAUGCUCUUCCACGAGCCGUUCAACGGCACCAAGGGCGUCGCCCUCGCGCUCUCGCUCUGGGGCUUCGUCUCCUACUUCUACGGCGAGCUCCAAACAUCCAACAAGGCGCACCACCACCAGUCUGACAAGACACCAAAUGCUGAUGAGCAUUUGCAUUUGGACCCAUAG